AUGGAGACCAUGGGUAAGGCAGCUAAUCUUUUUCAUGAGAUCAUGUUCAGAUGUGUAGUGUCCGCUGAAUGUCUUUGAAGGACGUAACUUAAAAGACCGGAUGUGUACGGGUAGUGGAGCAAAGACUGGUACGUGAUGCGUGGAUGGAAAACCUGAAACCACUUAGAGCUCUGUUUAUGUUGCUAUUUCUAAUGCACCAGGCUGUGUUUUUUUAUGUGGACCACAGAGACACCCUGCUAGUCCAGUCCUGCAGUCCUAAACAUUAGUAGUCAAACAGGAUCUGAUCACUCCUUUUUUAGUCAUAUGGUUCUGGUCUGCAGGAGAGAUCAGUCUCAUAUCAGAGGAUAGGAGAACGUAUUCAGUAUUUUUUGUUUCAUAUUUGCAGAACAUAAAUACACAAUAUAAAUAUUAACUUUUAAUUCUGGAUAAAAGUUUUAAACUUUAAGAACAAUUCCUUUGUUUUGUAUCAUUUAGAAGUAGCAGUGUAUUCACAUUCAAGUAUUGAUCAAAGGUAACUUUAAACAAAACCUACACUUUUGAAGUCGGUAGUUUUCCUUUUCAUUUGAAGUCCUCUUUAUUGUUUAUGUUUUUUAUGUGAAUUUAUUAGUGUGGACUUAAAUAAACAGGAAUACUUUAACAGUAAACAACAUCCUGCAAAUGAGUUUUAUGAAACGGUUGAUAAUCAAAGCAUAAACAUAACGGAAAAUACCACAAAUAUCUGAUAACCUAUCAAUAGAGAAGUAAGAGAAAUCUGUAACAUUCAGGUCAAACAUUUGAAGUGUUUUGAAUGUCACGUCUGCCACAACUGUAAGUCAACAAGCAUGGUGCCUCUCGGCUGCACUAUCAGUGAAUUUGACCCACUUAAGUUUGACCCACUGCAGACCAAAGUUCUCACAAACCAGCAGCCAACCUGUGAAAGAGUCAUGAGGCACAAACUCAGGCAGAUGGUGCCUCUGAGCACGUGCACAGGUGACUGUGCAUACUAUAAUCUGCUGUGACCUCUGAGAACUUGAACUGAAAAUUGAAACAUUUCUGGUCUUUAAGGAUGCCCAGACUGUCUAGUUAUUCGACAGUAAACAAGUUGGUGUGAGCCAUUUCAAACUGUGAUGAUCAAUACUUUUAUGUAAGGGAUCAAAUGACGGCAUGUGUGCUGUGAAAGGGGUUGCUUAUGGCAGUGGUUCUCAAGUCCAGUCCUCAAGGCCUACUGUCCUGCAUGUUUUGAUUGGUUCCCUGCUCCAACACACCUGAUUCAAAUGAUGAGCUCGUUAUCAAGCCAUUACAGAGCGUGAUAACGAGCUGAUCAUUUGAAUCAGGUGUGUUGGAGCAGGGAUUUCUUCACUACAUGGUGAACCCAACAAAGCUGCUUCUAACAGAGUAGAAGAGAUACGUUUACAAGAGUUUAAGAUCAGUUUUAUGCAGAUUGUGAGUUCAUGCUUUCUUUUAACUGGAAAAAAAGAUGAGAACAUUUAUUUUUAGGUCAGCCCGUUGCGUUUUUGUCAUGAACUCCUAGUUUUAUAAACAGCAUAAAACUUUUAGUGACCUCAAAGCUGAAACUAAAAUUUGAUCACAAAUGCACAAGCUCCAUUUUCAGCAACAAAAAAAUGCAGGUUUGAAACAUGUCGCAUACAAAAACACCGUGCUGAGAAAAAAACGAGUAUCGGCAAAAGAAAGAAAUCUUUACCAGCUCAUCAGAUGAAUUUGUCAGUGUGAUAAAUAAUCACAAUGUUUGAUUUCUCCCUGUUAUCAAACUUAAUCUGAAAUCAAAAUCAUCUUGGCCUUCUUCUCCUUCUUCUUUUUCUCAUCAGUGUGUCCGAUGGGUGGAGGGGCCACCAGACUGUACAGCGUUCCUACUCCAAUGCUCAGCAACAGCUCACCUCUCCCUCUCCCUCCGUCCCAUUUGGGCCCCUGCCAGCCUGUGGGCACAAACCUGGAUCCUGUUUUCUGCCAGGUGACUCUCAAUCUGUCCGCUGUUCACACUGACAAAAAGGGAUCAUUUGUGUUGCACUGUGGGGUCAAAUACUUGUUAACAAGUGUCAUCUCUGCCUCUCAGGAGCAGAAGGGGUCCUCUUUAUGCCCCCCUGAUCCGGUGGACCUGCUUCGACAAUGUGAGGAGGCCCUCAGAGACAGGCCCCCAAGAAUCCACAGAAAGUUCACUUUCCUCAGUGAUGGAGACGGCGCCUCCAGCAGCCCUAUCAGGGUGAUGCAGUGGAACAUACUGGCCCAAGGUAAAGUGCUCUCAGAUGAAAAACUAUCCACAGUCACAGGGGGGUUUAACGGAUGCAUCCGACAACAUAUCCAAUCUCAAAAAGUUAUAAGUACAUUCUGUUAUAUUUGUUUAGAGUGAUUCAGUUUAUUAAUCAUUUUAAUAUUUACCUUGUAUUUAACUAUUUAACUUGUAUUUAAUAAUUCUAUUUAGUCAAUAUGAUCAUCGAAUUACUAAAAAAACACCUGAAUACACUCCGAUAAAUGAUAAAAAUGUCCUCUUGUAGUUUAUCAGUUUCCAAAAACAUCUUAUGCAUUAAACCAGAUAAAUAAAUAUGUAUAUUUGUUAAAUUUUAAGGACAUUUAGAUUUUUUUGGUUUUCAGUAGUAAGUGGAAUAAACAUUUCAGCUCUAAAAAAUUGGAUUUUUUGGCCAUGAUUUGUGGUUUCGGACAUUAAAGGGAUAUUUUUAUAUAGUAGAAAUCCAAAAGGCCCUUGUAACAGUUUGACUUGUAAUUUGACUUGAUAAAACAUUCAAUGGAGGUCAGCAAUAUUAGUAAGUAUUUUAGUAUAUUAUAAUGAUACCAGCAUUUGUUAGUCUUACUAUAUAAAAAAUGAUAUCGGCAAUAUACGUCAUGUAUCAUGUGGCUUCAAAUCAGGCAGUAGUGGAGUUUAUUAUUUAAUCAAACCGUCAAAUACAAAAUGGUACCCCAGAAAACAAAGGAUUAAGCAAAAACGUUAGAGACCAAGUGUGCUUGAAGUCUCUUUUGGGUCAACAUUCUAGUUUGGUGUCAACUGUACUGGGUAAAGUACUUUUACAAACAGAUUAAACCUGUUCAUAAAGGUACUGUGGCUUAAAGGGUCUAUUUGUUUGAGCAUGUCUGGAUGUUGAUUUGAGGUACCUUUGUGAAGCAUUAUAUCAUGAACCGAGGAGUCCUGUGAAGCUGCUCCACAUUAGCUCAUUACUAAAGUCGGAUGCCUCUCUCUCUCUCUCCUCGUUUAGCUCUUGGUGAGGGACUUGACAGCUUCAUCAAGUGUCCCAUGGAGGCUCUAAGCUGGUCCCGCAGAAAGUACCUCAUCCUAGAGGAGAUCCUCACAUACCGACCCCAUAUCCUAUGUCUGCAGGAAGUGGACCACUAUUAUGACACCCUCCAGCCUGUCCUAUCAGGUCUGGGUUACAGCAGCAACUUUUGCCCUAAACCCUGGUCCCCGUGCCUGGAUGUGGAGGGUAACAACGGGCCUGACGGCUGUGCGCUGUUCUUCGAUCAGUCUCGAUUUGAGUGCCUGGAUAGCGUGAGCAUACGUCUCUCUGCGAUGAGGAUACCAACCAAUCAGGUGAGUAGACUCAGUUUAGAACAUGGACACACAAAGAGCUCCUCGCAGGUCCCUCUAACACUCUGCUCUCGCUGCAGGUCGCUGUGGUAACGAUGCUUCGCUGUCGGAGCACGGGGAGAUACCUCUGCGUGGCUGUGACCCACCUGAAGGCGCGCUCUGGUUGGGAGUGGCUACGCAGCGCUCAGGGCUCCGACCUCUUAAGACAACUCCAGAAUCUGGUCCAGAAACACCCCGCCGGGCCCAUGGGUGCCCCUCUCUCUGACAUUCCUCUGCUUGUCUGCGGUGAUUUCAAUGCUGUCCCGACUGAGGAGGUGUACCGUCGUUUUGCUGCAUCGCCCCUCGGUUUGAACUCUGCUUAUAAGAAACUGAGCCACGAUGGUCUGACUGAGCCUGAGUACACAACGUGGAAGAUCAGGCCCACAGGGGAGUGCUGUAGCACUUUGGACUACAUCUGGUACAGUCAGGACUCUCUGAGAGUGGACUCAGUUUUGGACAUGCCCACUGAGGAACAGAUAGGGCCAAACAGGCUCCCAUCUUUUAGUUACCCCUCUGACCACCUUUCUCUGGUCUGUGAUUUGAGUUUCAAGGAGAAGGAGUGA